AUGGGAGCCUCGCUUUUUGUUAUAAUAAAGCGUGCAGGAAAGAUGGAAUACGUUAUGAAUUACGACGAUCAGCUGCGAACAUUAUUCAGAGAAAUUACGUGCCUACGCCGGUUCGGUUGCCCAAUGACGCCUCUGGCGAUCGAACUCGACCGACGUUCCAAGCUCAUUAAAACAAGGACAGGAAAACUUCGAACAACGGAGGACAACAUCGAGGAAUUUAUGCGCAUACUGCAACAGGCCCACGACGUGUCAUCCAUGCGUAUCGCUGCGAUUCUGGACACGAUUAGUACCUUCAGACUGGCACUCUUGCCCGAACAGCCGGAAGAAAUGGUCUACUACCUGAACGGAGGCCCUCGGGACACGGGUGCACAGGUGCCGGUGAAGCAGAGUGGUGGUUCAGCCUGGUACCUGCAUGAAAUUCUCCGACGUUCCAGCCUCCAGGCCGCCAAGACCACUGCGGACAUCCAACAGCUCUCCACAGCUGCCUAUGAUGCUGCACAGGACUACGUUAACAUUCUCGCGAAAGACUUUGACAAAUUCCUUGAGGAGUAUGCCGCCAACGCGGAUGCCUUUCCGGACAAUCAGACCAUGGGCAGUGGGACAAGUCAAGAAUACCCCGGUCGAAUGACAAACCGACGGUCAACAAGGAUGCCGGUAGCUAAAGAGCAGACCGUCAAGCAACAGAACGCCGCCAAUACAAAGAGAAUCAUCAAAAAGACCUAUGAUGCAAUUGACGAAACAAUACGUUCUUUUGGACAGAAAACGCUGGAUGCGAUAACCAAGGCCGUAAGAAACACCCUGGAGGAACUCUGGCGUAGUCUAUGUGCCAAGGAGGCUUCCGUUCUAAUGAAGGAUAUACCAAUAGGACAAACGCUCAAAAGAGCGGGUGUUCAGGCCUACCCAGUCGUCAAGUGUGAAAUUUUGCUCAAUGGCGAUAAGCUGGUGCUGAAACCGUCGCUGGAAGAGAUACAGUCCGGCAUCCGGGUUCUCCUGAAUACAGUCCUUCUUUCCAUGAAGACAAUCCGAAAAUGGACUGAGGACGGACGAAAGCUGAAAAAUGCUGAGCCGGCCAGGUCUAUGUCACGUACGACCACCAUCACUCCCAUGGGCAGUUCUCAGGAGGUGGACUCUAAUUGCUAUGCGGACGUGCGACACGACCGAGAAGUUUAUCGUUCGCAGACACAGUUACUCAGUUGGAUGUCCUCCACAAAGCGCAUCCUUUUUUUGCCUAACGACGAGUUGCGGGAAAUCAAGUUGGUUACAGAACCCUUCGAGCACUUUACCAAGCUCUGGACACUCAUCCCCGAAGACGAGGUUGAGGUCUUUUUGACGGAACAUACUGAACCGACCUUAGUCGAAUUUGAAACGAAAUUCAUGAAACUGGAUGAAAUUGAGAAAGACCUGGCUGACACAUGGGACAUCUACUACGUUGGCCCACUUGAGAUCCACACUACUGGCUUUAAAAGCCUUGCUCUUAAGAGACUACGGGAGCACCAAACGGUUAGCCCCUUUAAUCUGCCGAAAGUUUUCAAUUAUACUGAUUAG